AUGGUUUCGAUAGCCCUUUCCUUGAUAUUGUUGGGCCUCGAAAUUUUCUGUCAGGAAGCCGAUGAGCACGAGAUCGAAACUCCGUUUGCUGAGAGGAAUCGUUCGACAUUGUUUUACGAAUUCCUGAAGCAGAAUUUAGAAGAGAUUAUUGACAUCUUGGAAUGUAGUCAUUUGGCCGGGAAAGCUCUAGCACCAAGUUAUAGCAUCCCGUAUUAUGAAAGUAUAGCGUUUCUCGAUUGUCUAUUAGAAGGGCUGAUUGAUACAGAUGAUAAAACGACGAAUGACGCGCUAAAAUUGGACGCGCCGCUGUCAUUUUCAAGGAUAGCGCAUCGGGUUUGGAAGGAAACUGAGAUCGACCGCAGUGAGCUGGUGAAGAGACUUCACGCCUGCUUAUGCGCUGAUCCAUUUGGGAUUGAUGAUGUAUCUGUGGACGGGGGGCCAGACGGCCGUCAUCGACGGGGUGCAAAGCUGCUCGUCGCUAAUCCUGGGACCUAUCGCCGAAACCGUAUACCUAAAAAAUUGCCGAAACUCCUCGAUCAGUGUCGCGUGCAAACAGCUUGUAAUGCAAGACCGAUCUUGCGGAACUCGACAAAUAUCGUAAUCGGCCCCUACAACACCUACUACUCGGGGAUGCUAGCGGAAUACGCAGAAAGUGGCCUCACACUACGGCUCAACGAAAUUCAGCGGAUACCAAUAUUGCUCGAUGCCGAGACGUCAUUUACCUUUCUAAACCCAUCCCAUUUCUACGUGGAGCCCCUGCCAAUUCAACAAGAAGAAGAUUCGUUCGAAGCACAGGCAUUCUACUGUCACUUGCCGCCAUCGUUCGAGAAGACUUGGCGUGAAAAUGCGGCGCGGCACAGUCUUCUCUGUUCCGAUUGCAGUUGUCAGCGGGUCAUCAACAGCAAUGACGAGCGUUACCUGAAAAGCAAAACAGUUGACGAA